UCUGUCUCCAAGGUUGUUCGUCGAAGCCAUUUUGAUGAUUCGAUCUCGCAGCGAUGGCGUCGACGCCAGGCUUUCUGCAUCCCCUGCCCUCCCCUCCGCUCUUGUGCCUGCCUUCCUCCUCCUCCUCUUGCUCUUCUUCCAGCUGCAUUUCACCGCGCCUGAAUAGGUGCAGUGUGGCGUAUUUGGUGUCCAGGGAGCUCCGGACUAAUUGUGGGUUCAGGCGUGUGGAGGUUCUGCGCGCAGCUGAGUCUGAAAUCACUGCCCCGGCGCCGGCGGAAGAGGAAGGUGAUAUGAAUCUGCCUUGCAACACAUGUAACGGCAAGGGAUUUUUGUUGUGCGAUUUUUGCAAAGGGCAGAAAACGAAUGUGCAAGUGAGGGCUAACAAAUUUUACCGGCGAUGCCCUUCUUGUCGAGCUGUUGGUGUUGUAAUUUGCCCACAAUGUAAAGUCUACAAGUGUGUCACAUUUCCAGAUGGUGUCGAUGGGUACUGAUGCUGUAGCAAUGAUGGCCAGAACCGGCUAAUUCGUGUUGGAGCAUUUGUUAAGGGAAGCCGAGACAUUUCUAGGGUCUCUUGACAUUCAAAUUUCAGUGAGUUAUGGCCAGUUUUAUAAUAAGAAAAAGAAAAAGAAAAAAAAGAAAAAAGAAACUCUAGAAGUUUUAGAAAAAAAUGUUAAGAGAGGUUUUGAUGGAAUUGGAUUGCAUCACAUUUGGAUCCUAUAUUCAUUUUCAUUCAAAUUGAUGGUUUAGCUAGUAUCUACAUUUCUUCGAAUACUAGACCGUGGCAAUGGGAGUAGAUAAUUCUGCUUCCAGUUGCUAAUGUACAAUGAGCAAUCAAAUGUCUCUGGUUUAACAAAUUUUGCAGAAUUUCUUUCACAUUGAUUAAAUGGGAACUUCUAGAAUCGAUAUCUUCAUGAUUAGCUCUCCCCUCAACUGCUAGUCAUCGUUUUUUAGAAUAUCGUUUGUUCAGAUCAAUUAAGAUCUAGUUUGUAGAGGUAAGAAGCUAAAGCAUUGGCAUAGGCUUCAAGUUGGAUAGUGUUGUGAAUUGCAUGAGGAUAAGCACUAAGAGACAUGCUAGUUUGCGCAUGAACUAAACUACUUGGAUUUCAGAUGAAAAAAGGCCCCCAAGUUACCGUUUGCAAAUGACGCUGAUCCCUUAAUAUUCAGAUGCUCUCUGGAGCGAUUAGCGGGCGAGAUUUUGACUUUUCAUGCAAACCUUAGGUUCUCGAGAACUAUUCUAUUUCAUGUUAUUGAGGACAAGAGCAAGAGUAUUGGUGACAAGGAUGGCGCCUCCUGUUAUAGGACCAAACCCGCGUAAAUUGUUUUUUCUCGAUGUACGAUUCUUCACCUAAUUCUACUGGGUCGAACUAGAUGAUGAAGUAUGGUCCUUGGCUUACAUGGAUGAAGUGGGAAUCGGUGGCAGGUGCGAGAGCAUCUCAUGAGAUGGAUCACAGAUAAGUAAACCCUGAAUUUGAACUCUCUCCAUAUUUAUAUUUAAAAAAUCCGGCUGCUUCGACCAAUCUAUAGUUCACUGCUGUGCUUUCAAAACCCAGGCUAAACUUAUCUAUAUUAUACAUGCGAAUAUUCCAUGGAAAUACGGGUUGCUUUCCCUCUUCCACGGCCAGGAAUGUUGAGAUUUUUUCCUCGUUUUUGGAGAUAAUUUUAGUGUUUACUUACCUAGGUGCUUCCCGGAAUAUGCCCUAAAUUGAACGCAUGCGGUGGUUCUGCAUGCUUUUGGCUUAAUUUGCAACAGGAGAUCCAAAUGCACCGAACAUGGGAAUUGAGAAUGACUCGCACGGUGAAGACAGGAUAACAGUACUGAGUGUGGAUUCGUCUAGUUGGGCUUGUCACUGUUUAUUUCUACAGGAAGGCGUAAAUAUUUCUAGAGGACAUGAGGUGAAGUAUCUGAGAAAGGUAAGAGCAUAUUGCCAGCAAUACGUGAAUGAUCUGUUCACCUGAAUCUAAUCUUAAAUGAAUUCUUCUUUCGGAAAUGGAGGAUUCUGUCGUCACUAUCAAGUAUAGCCUCCAGAUUAGGCAUCUCGCCGAUUCGAAUGCAAUGCUUGUAUACUUCAGACAUCUCAGGCAUGUGAAAAAUUCAGCAAUCCUCAACCAAAUACUGUUUGGAUGUGAGUUUGAAAAAUUCUACGCUUCCCAGAUGUCAUUUAUAAUGAU